CAAAAACAAAAUACUAAAUACUGUUUAGUAAAUAGUAACAAGUAUGAUGUGAUUAAUUAGUAAUUUGAAUACUGGUCGUUGAUGUAUUAAUGAUAUUUUAUUUACGAUUUGUUUUUGUUUCGCGGGUGUUGUUGAACGCAGUGAAGACGAAACAGUAAUCAAUUGAUGUUGGAUUAGUCGAUAGUCUUAAAUUGCAUGUACAGUUAUGGGUUUUGAUAUCAUCCGUUUUGUUGGCGAAGUAGACGAAGAGCUUCUUUGCCCCAUAUGUACUGGGGUGCUACAGGACCCAGUUCAAGCCCCUGCGUGUGAACACGCAUUUUGCAAAGGUUGUAUACUCGAAUGGCUACUAAGACAAUCCACAUGUCCAGUUGACAGACUCUCCGUCAACGUUCUUCAGUUGCGACCGGUGCCGCGUAUCCUAAAAAAUCUACUAAACAGAUUAUAUAUUGUUUGUGAAAAUUCAAAUUAUGGAUGCCAAAAUGUUGUCAAACUAGAUACAUUAGACUCUCAUUUAUCCGAAUGCGAAUAUAAUCCAAAAAGGCCAUUUCCCUGUGAACAAGGAUGCGGUUUAAUCAUACCAAAAGAUGAACAUAAGGAUCAUAACUGUGUAAAAGAAUUGCGAGAAUUAGUACAUAAACAACAACAAAAAAUAAAUGAAAUGCAUCAAGACAUGGCUACAUACAGAUAUGAAAUGACGGGAAUCAAAGAUGAAAUGAGAAUUUUAAAGGGUUAUGUGCGAGCCUUACGUGUUUGCAAUCCAAGCGUAAGGGCUGUAACUGAUGAGUUGGAAAGAGAUGAAAUCGAACGCUGGUCAAGUUCUCUUCCUCAAGCCAGAGUUACUCGCUGGGGAGGAAUGAUUUCUACACCCGACGAAUACCUUCAAAACAACAUAAAACAAGCACUUAUUGAAAGUGGUUGUCCUGCUCACAUCCUAGAUGAUCUCGUUAAAAACUGUCACGAACGAAAUUGGCCAUCCGGACUAUCAAGUCUAGAAACUAGACAACACAAUAGAAGGCACUAUGACCGAUAUAAUUGCAAGCGUAUUCCUGGAAAACAAGCUGUCAUCGUUUUGCCUUGUGAUAAUAUUAUGGUUAGUGAUGACAUGAUGUCUGAGCCAGGUCUCAUCAUGAUUUUUGCUCACGGAAUUGAAUAAACUGUAUUAUGUGUAUGUCGUCUCUGAUAGUGUUAACAACUAAUAUAUUUUUUUAAAUCCAAUUUGUUAUUUUUAAAUAUCUAAAAAAGUUAUGAAUAACAAUGAACCACUGUGAUAAAUUAUCUAUACCACACACAAAUCUAUUACAGAUCAAUUAUCUUUUUUUAUCAUUGUAAUUUUAAAAAAAAAUUAUCAUUUGUUUUUUCAACAUAACAAUUUUAGAACACCAUAUUUUAUACGACUAACAAAAAAAUUUUAAUGAGCUUAUUACAUAAUAAAUAACUAUACACAAGCCAUACAUGAAUUCUUGUACUUCAAUAUUGUUUGCUAUGUAUGUAUCCAAUAACAUUUAAAUCUUAACAAACAAUUUCAACUCGUUAACUAUAAUAAAACAUAAUCUUAUUAAGUAAUUUAAACUUAACAUUUUAUAUUUUUAUCUUAUAUGUAUGUAAUUAUCAUAAACUAUUUAAACUAUAAGAUUUGUAUGUUCAUCAUCGUAAUAUAUAUGCGUAUCUACACAAUUAUAGUUAUUAUAAAAUAGCCAGUAUGUAUUUUUAAUAUUAUGUUAUAUAGUCUUAAUGAAUUUAUUGUUUUAUAUGUAAAUAUAAUAAUUUGUAUGUUUAAUAUUAAGUCAAUUAUACGAAAAUUAUCAUGUUAAGUAUUGCUGUAUUGAUAUAAUAUACAAGAUAUUUUCUAGAGUACUUCAAACUGUCUUGUGUAAAGCAUAAUUCGUUAUCUUAUAUUAAUAUAUAUAUUUUUUUAUUAUUAUUA